AUGGAUGGAGAGUUCACCCCUAGAGAAAAAGGGAAACAAAGAGCCGCUCCCUCCACAUCCUGUCCCCCUGCACCACAUAGUGUGCCUAAGUCCAAUACCACAUGUAAUAAAGUCACCGAUGAGGAACCUAAGACACCAGAUUCCCCAAAGACCCCAGCAUAUAAGCAGAGGGCCCUGCCAGCCUACAAGUUCGCCUUUGAGUUACAGGAGAGGUUGAACUGUGAGGAAGUUUUUGAGAAAUUAUUGUCUCAAGAAAUUUCCCUGCCAUUAGGAUCAAUCUUAGGAUCAUCUUUUGAGCUUAAUAAGCAUCUCCAAAUGGCCAUGAAAGUUCAAAGGAUUCCGAUUGCCAAGAAAGCAGAGACAGUUGUUCUGGACCUUGAGCCAUCAAAGCCCUUGCCAGUUGAGGAAGAAGAGCCAUACUUUAGACCUGUCUUUGAUGUCUCAAGUCUUGACUCUGAAUACUCAGAUGAUUGUGACAGCUGUCAGAGACCAGGUUGA